ACAGUGAACGUGAGGCAGCUUGUUGCAUUAACGAGGCGGAGGGCGGACCGCCCGCCCAAUCCGCCCAACGAUAUAAAAGCCGUCGAGAUCGCUUCCACGGCACAUCGCACCACAACACCGUCAACACAACUUCCCAACCAGCAUCAUCAUACCAGUAUACAAAAUGAUCCGCGCCAGUGGAGCAGUGGUCGUCGCCUUGGUCACACUAGUUAUCUGCUGCAAUGCUGACCCUCGACAGGAACAGGAGUUAUCCGAUCAUAAUUCUGCCGAGCGGUAUGAAAGUGGUAACAAACCCCGCAAUUUGGAAUCAAUAGGAGGAAAUAAUUUGGUGAGACAAGUCCGUGAGGCCCAUCGAAUGGCACAUUUGGGAAGACGUUAUGAUUAUCUUAGUCCAUAUGGCAACCGGGCACUGCUGAGUCCUUUUGAAUACGGGUAUUACGGAGAAGGAUUCCCCAAACGCAACUUUGAUGAAAUCGACCGGUCAAACCUCAACACGUUUGUGAAAAAACGCAACUUCGACGAAAUUGACCAAUCGUCCAUGCCCUUCCCGUUCAAACGAUUCUAUCACAUCAUCGGGCCCAACUAUCUUGACAACCCUGUAUCCAACUUGGAUAAGAAGCGCUACAGGCCCGACUACCCCAUGGACGAAAUCGAUCUCUCCCCAUUCCCCAUCGGCUCCAAGAGAUCCAGCGAAUCGCAUUCUCUACGAUAAAUAAAUAUAUUCCAGUUUCAACGUCCAUCGGCUUAAAUCCCCUUAAAAAUACUUCUUGAUGCUUUGGAUUCUCGUUACAAAUUUAACAAGAUCAAAUGUUGUCCCGCUACGAACUUGGUUGACGUGACUAUACUUCCUUAUUAUAUCAAAUUUCGGUAGAAUUUCCAGAUUAUCUUAACGAAAUAUAUUUCCCCGAAGCCAUGAUGACAUAAUUAUCAUAGUAUAUUUUCGUAAAAAAAUUCCGAUAUAGAACAAAAAUAUUAGUAAGAGAUGUUAUAUAUAGAGUCAUAUAGAACGUUUACUUUUUCUACAGGUUCAAUUGUAAUUCGAACACUAAUUUUAUGUAAUCUAUUUUAACAUAUAAAUGUUUAACAAUUACUUAGUUUUAAAAUGAAAUGUUUUAGAAUAUUAGUAUAAAGUAAUGUAUAUUUAUUUAUUUUAUAAGGAGAGAGUGUUUGUAAAAUGACCUUAGAUUUUUUAAUAUCGACUUCUAAGAGAUGAUAUUAUACUAUGUCUUUAAAUCGA